AUUGAAGGGUUUUGCGGAACAGCUGUGUUUCAUUUUCUUUGAGUGAUAAAUAAAUAAUGCUUGAGAAUUAAGGAUUUUCCGGGGAAAAUCCUACAAAUUGAGCGUGGGAAAUGAUGUGAAAAGAAACAAUGAGUGCUGUCGUGUGUUUCCUCGUUAUUUGUGCCAUCAUUUACGGUGGAAUAACAUGGCUCCUCCCCAAAUUAUUUGGAUGGUUCCUCAUCCAUAAGUUCAAGAUCAAGGUCAGAUUUGGACGUAUUAGCUUCCCAUUCAGCCUCAGGGAUGUGGAAGUUUGCAAGAAUGGAUUUUCAGUCCAUAUCGAUGAAAUUGGAAUAAGGAGUAGUUUCUUCAAUUCUGAGGUGUCAAAGUUCCUCUCAAUCAAUAUCCGUGACAUUCGUAUUAACAAGGACAUUGUCUCCAAGUCUGCCUUCACAUCUCCGGCCGUCUAUUCAGAUCCCGUGGACUUCCGGAAUAAGAAAGUUCCGACGUCUAUUAUUAAUUUUGCCCAAUUUAUGGCCGUCCACGUGUACAACAUCUCACUGGUGUUGAUGAACAACGACCUUGACGCUGGAUGGCUCCUCCAUGCCAUUGCCAGUGAACUCCAUCUCGAUGGGAGUAUCGUACACAACUCCAAGACCCUCAUUGUCACAGCAUCCCUGUGUGAUGUUCAAGCGAAGAUUCUCCGACACUUUCCCACGAAGAAGCCUUCGUUGGAGACCCAGAGUAAGCCCUACUUGGCGGAAGUUAACUUUGGUGUAGCUCUGGAGGGGAUCCUCGCAGCCCAAGGACCCAUUGCAGUGGAAAAUCUCCAGCUGACAGUCAGCAAUACAAAGACAAAUCUCCACGAUGGUCUCUACAACUUCAUGCGAGAUCUCCGGAGGACUUCCUCCCCCAAAGAAGUCACCAAAUCCGUUCCUCAGCUGCGGAAAGCGCAAAAUGCGUACGAUUGCAUAUCCCCUAUCAUUCCAAAGAGCUUCACGCUGAAAAUUGAGGACACAACAAUCUCAUCGGUGCGUGAAAAUAGCUCCAAUGACUUCUCUGCCCAACUGCAGACCUUCACGGUGAGUGGGAAGUUCAGUAAGAAGAACCCACAGGCUGAGUACAAGCUGCCAACACUCUACAUGGGGCUUCAUGUGCAGAACUUUGAGAUUGACACGAAUCACGAGAAGAUUCUCUUUGUGGAUCGCUUGACGAUGGAUUCAAAGCUGGAGAAUGAUACGGUGAAUCUCUACCUCAAGCUUACCACAUUCCAGGUCAUCUACAACCAUCCGGACAUCUAUGGAUGGCUAAACAGCAACUUCCUGCAGGCAAUGAAAGCCAAUCCGGGGCCAUUGAGGAUCAAAUCUGCACCAGAUGUCGUGGAAAGUGGAAGGGAAUCAAAGGUUGAGGCUUUCCUGAAGAUGGUGGUGAUUAAGGGAUGUGCAGAGCUGUGGAAUGUCACCUGCUUGGGGAAAUUGAGUGGCGGACAAUCAGCCACGAUCAAUAUAAAUCACGCAAAACUCCUCCUGGAGCAAUUUGAAGAGAUCCGGAGCUGUGUGUACGAGAACAAAUUGGCAAAUCUUCUCCUGGAGAAUCGCCAUUGGAGUACGGAGCUCAUGGUGGAAUCCCUGUGGUGGUCCCUUGGCAACACUGGGAAGGAAUUCAAUAAGAAGCGAGUCCACACAAAGGGUAGCCCCUUCUACAUGGGGGUGAGUUUGAUCAAGAUCAGCAGCUAUGGGAAUGCAACGAAACUCGAUUUAUCCGUUCACACGUUGAGGCUCGAAUGGAGUCCCCUUCUCAUGGAAUUCAUCUCUCAAACACUCUCCUGCAUUGAACAGUAUAAAAUCCCCAGCAGUGAUCUUGUCAUGAGCAGCAGAGGCAGGAAGAUUCGGGAGAACAAUGGGAGUAUCCUCGUAAAUGCCAAAGUGACGGAUAUUAAUUUAUUCUUCUUCAACACCUACGAAGCUUGCGUCCUCAUCAAUUUGACCGAAGUUUCCCUGACCAGGAAUCUCCAGAUGACAAUUCUGAAGCUCUGUGGCCUGCAGAUGGCCUUUAAGAAUGAAGUUUCCACCAUUGCGCUCACACUGAGUGACUUUCCGGACAUUUUCUCCUCCGUUAAGUUAAUCCGGGUUGAGUAUCAGCCUCAAUCAAAGAUCCCAGGUGUCCCGCAGGUCACUGUUCACGUUGCCAAUAAUACAGAAGUCAUUUGGAAUUCCCUCCUUCACAUGCACAUCUUCACACUCUGCCAGGAAAUCAAGAACUUCUACACAUCCCUGCGCAAAAGUGUCCCAGCGGAGAAGAAGCAGCCGCCACUGGAUGAAGAGAAGAAACUCAAACUAAUCUUUGAUCUCUACGCCGAAGGAAGUUCAAUGUUGGGAAUUAAGAUCUCCAAGAAGCACUCAAUGCAGAUCUUCCUGGAAAAUCUCUAUCUGAGUCGUACAGAUCGUUGGCUAAUCUCCCUGGAGAAUGGUUUUGUCAAUCUCGAUGAGCAGCAUAUAUUCACGCUAAAAGACGUGAAUAUGCGCCUUCUGCCAGAAGUCGACUUGCUACGGGAAGAACGGACUCACUAUGAGAACUUUGUCCUCCCAUCGAACAGAGUCUGGGUCACAUCGAUACGUAGAUUUAGUGGAAUCUUCCCCUAUGACUAUGACUUUUCAGAUGCAAUACAGAAUGAAUUUGUUUCCCUCUUCAAGUGGCUCAAAGUUAUUCACAACAUUAAGAAGAAGCCGUUCACAGUGGGCAGUCCACUGCCAUGUGAUAUGCUUAUUCAGGUGAAGGAGUUCCUUCUGGAGAUGAGUGAUGAUCCGUUUGAAGUCAAACUCAGGGAUAACUACGUCUUACUUGUGGAUGAAUACAACGAAGGGAUCGAACGGAGGGAAUUGCUGGAGCAGAAGAUAGCUCAGAUGUGCCAGGAGAGGCCUCUAAUGCCUGCACGAACCAUUGAAAGUAUGCGAGCAAUGUUGGAGAAGAAGAGCUCCGAAAUUUACAUUCAGCGCUCCAAAAAGAUUGCCGAAGCAGGUCCUCCAAGGACUAGACUUAUAGCCUGGAUUAUGACAGACUUGGAGAUCAUGGCAAUGGCAGAUCCAUCAAUUCACGGAACGGAGAAUGUUACCAGAAUGAUGCGGGAGAUUGACAGUGAGAGCCCUUGGCCGGAGGAAGGAUUGGAAUUCAUAACGCUCUGGUGUAGAGCCGUUAACAUGAGUUGCUCUGAGUGGAAAUUCAUGCUGCGUGAUUUCCCACAACCAAUGUUUGCUGUCAAGCAAAUGCGUCUCUUUGGGCAUCUCUGUGGAGCUGAGCAGGUGGCACCACGUCGAGCUAAGCGGGAUGUUCAGAUUGAGAUUGGAGAACCCUUUGGAACGCACACAAUACAACGUGGAAUGCCUGCUCUGAAGUUCUACCAUGACUUUGACUGCGAACUUGAGCAGUGCAGUUAUGCUUUUGGACCCUGUUGGGAACCCGUAAUGGCACAGUGCAAUCUUGGUUUUGAAAAAAUAUCAGCCCCAUCGAGAGAUCCUAGUCCAUUGCUACCGUUCUGGGAUAAACUGCGACUACUUCUGCAUGGAAGGCUCACAAUGAUUGUUCGGCAGUUCACUGUCCUUCUUCACGCCUCACUGGAUCCGUACAAUACAACGGAAGAGAUGGAGCUUACGUGGAACAACUGUGGAAUUGUCUGGACAAAUGCAAAGGUGAUGUUUAAAGGGGAACUGAACGUAAGUGUACGAACUGCUUCACGUUACGACGACUGCAGACUACUUCACUUUCCGAAUUUGAAGUUGACCUUUAAGCUUCACUGGAUCUGCUUAGCUAAUCCUAAUGAUCAUCACUCAGUCAUACCCUGUGCUCCGGAUAAACUGCCAGAGUACUCCAGUAAUCAGGUUCAUGACUCAUUCAGAGCGUUCAGAUCACAAAACUUGAACAUCUGGAUAUCUUUUGAAACUAGAGCUGUACCAGGGCAGCAGCCUGAAAUUGAUAUACCGAAUUUGGUGCUUUACGGAUCAACAUUGAGAUGGUUUGAGAACUUAAAGCUGAUCCUGUCUGGGGUAACGAGGCCAACAAGACGAGGACCUGUCUUUAACAAUAUACGUCCGAGGAAGAAGCAGCUUAGCAGGCACUACAGGAAAGCCCAUCUGCAGAUGAGUCUGCAUAAAUUUCAAGUUCUCUACUGGAUUUCUCAUGCCUUGAAUAGAGGUUUUGAACUAAAUGGUGGAAGAGUGUCUUUCAGCUCUGAGCACACAUUGACGCUCUAUCCGAUUGAUGAUGGUCUGAUCCACCGGCCUCGUGCAGACUGGGCCACAAUGUACAUGAAUUGUGAGCUCAAUGAUACAGAAAUAUGGUUGAAAAGUAUUCUAAAUGAGCGCGUGGAUGUCAGCUCUGAAAGUCUAGUCAACACGGAGAAUCCCAAAAUAGUCAAGUUCUAUUUUCUGAGCGUUGCAAAGGUGUCAUACGGGAGGGAAGCAAUGCUGGCUACAACGGGUCAAGCCACUGAGCAACGACACAAAGAUAGUCCAACGCACAAGCUAGUCGUGUAUGAUCUUAAAGGAGCUUGGACGAAGAAUAAUAGAGACGUGGCUUUUUGUCUCUUUGAUUCCUUCAUGAAAUCGCAGAAGCUGAAGAAGAAUCUCUCAACGGAGGUUUUGAAGGGUUUCCGCAAGGAUGGGAGUACGACAACGCCUCUGAAGACACGGCGAACGGAUUCAACUAUUGCACCUGUUACACCGCCUUCAGGGAGUUCAAUCCUUGCUGCGGGAACUCCAACGAGUAGUCUCAACAAGGGCCAACAAACUAGUCAUGCCAUCACGAUGCUUCAGCAACUAAUUGCUGAGGCUGAUCACAAGUUUCACGUGUACAGUGAUGAUCUGUCGACGCAGACAAAGGAGCAACAACUGCAGGGACUUCAGGCGUGUCAGGACUCCGAUGUAACGCACUACAAUUGGUUCAUAUCACUGGUGAACUCGCAGGUUUUGCUGAAAGGAUGUGAAACAUCUGGAUAUGUUAUUCUCAGUGCUGCCAAGACGGAGAUCUUGCAGCGUGUCCACAGGCCAGUUUGGCGCAAUAGGAGUCUCGUUUCGAAGACAACCUGGGUGGGAUCAUUGGAAUGUAUGCAGUAUUAUGCCACUGUGAGUGCUGGUGAGAAUGAUUCGUUGCUCGAUGAGAACAUCAUGUGGUUGACAGUGGAUAAUAUUCAGGAGAAGGAUAAGGAAGCCACGGUGAUCAAUGAACUGCCGGAUUUGCCACAUUUAGUUGGCAGUGGGCAGAGUGUUGGAGGGGUUGUGUCGGAAACAGUUGGGGCUUCUGGGCCACCGGGAUUGGAGGGAGCUCAUCCCAUACAGCUGCAGAGGAUUGUGUCCAGGUGUAAGUGUGAGUUCUUCUACGUCAGCUACGGCGAUACGAGUAUCGAUCCGGGAACGUUGAUUGAAGUUCCUCCGCUUCCGGCGGAAGAGAGUAUGAGUCCGUGGGAGCGUCAGGAUGAACCUGUUGAUGCUUUCACGUUGAUGCAUCAUGAUCUGGAUGUGUGUACGAAUUCCCUGCAGUACGCCAUGAUUUUGGACAUUGUGAACAAUCUCAUGCUCUUUGUGGAGCCACAGAGGAAGGAGGCGUCGGAGAAAUUGGCACGGAUGCGUUUCCAGCUCCAACUGUCAAGUGGCGAAGAUCAGAAGCGUCCAAUACUGCAUCUGCAAACUCAAGUGAGGAAUCUCAUGUCUCAGCUGCGAUUCUUCGAGAAGGAAAUUCAUCUAAUUGGGAAGGCGAGAACAGAGAAGCGUGACAGUGAAGAUCUCCGGAAGGAGUAUGAGGAAGUUCAUUCGCAGAUUCAAGAGUGCAAGGAGAAGCUCACAGUGAAGAGUGAGGAACUUGAUAUGAUUAUCUCAUGCUACAAGGAAACGCAAUUGUCGGCAAUGAAUAAAUUAGCAACAAUCCGGAAGGAUAAACCCCUCACCAUUGUCCGUGCCAAUGAGAUUUGCUUCAAGCACGCCCAGUGGAGGCUCACGGAAGCCGAUGGGCAGAUUGGAAUUGCUGAUUUGGUGCUGAGUAAUUUCUUGUAUACGAAAAAGUCCAAGAAUGAUGAUUCCGUUGAGCAUCUCCUGGAGCUGGGAUACAUCCGGAUGAAUAAUUUGAUUCCCCGGGAGAAUUUCAAGGAAGUCCUCUGCCCCACGGAGCUUCAGCGUGAGAUGCCGGUGGAUCACAAGAGGGUGCUGAGGGUGUUUUGUCGGGAGAAGCAGCCAGUUGGGGGGAUUUCCGUGAAGGAACAUUUUGAGAUCAAUGUCGUACCCAUCACAAUAGCCAUCACGAAGAAAUUCUACAGCACAAUGCUGAAAUUCUGCUUCCCGGACAGGGAUACAUCGGAAGCAGAUGCCGAUGAUAUUGAUGAUGCUGCAAGCACAACGUCCGGAAGUACAACAUCGCUGCGUUCAUCAAAGCGAAACAGUAAGAGCAAGAAGAGCAACAAAGACAGCGAAUUCUACGUGAAGAUUGUCAAGGAUGAUGUGGAGAAGAUGAAGGAACGCGCCGAGAAGAAUAAGCUCUUCAUCUACAUCAAGAUUCCCGAGGUGCCAGUCAGGGUGAGCUACAAAGGGAACAAGGAGAAGAACUUUGAGGACAUUACGGACUUCUCGUUGGUUAUUCCGACACUUGAGUACCACAAUGUCACGUGGACGUGGCUGGAUUUGCUGUUGGCCAUGAAGACGGACAGUCGCAAAGUCAUCCUGUCGCAGGCCAUAAAGCAGAAGUUGCAAAUUAACCGACACAAGCCACUCUCCUCAAUCGGGGAGAGGGCUUCACCGCAGGAGGAGGACAAAGCCAAAAUGCUUUUUGGAAGCAGACAUGCUGUUGAAAACAGAAGCCAAAGAAAGGGGGUGUUUAAAUUUAAUAAACAAUAGGAAAAGACAGAAGAGAGUUCCAUAGGAAAAGUUGGAAAAGUGCUUUCGCUUUGUGAAAAAUAAAAUCAUAAAAUUAAUAUUUUUAGAUAAAAAAAAUCCAGUGUUAUUUAUCAAACAAAAAAAAUUAUUCUUCUAUCACUAAUAAAUUAUCAAAAGCAAA